CUUGCGCUGGCAUCCCACAAAGCCAUUUCCGCCCGACAUUGACGAGAGACGCAUCGUCAUUGUGGUAACGCGAACCGAAUAAUUUAGUGGAAUUACAAAAAUAAGCAAGAUGGCUUUGCCACGAGUCUUUAUGGAUGUUGCUGCCGACGGGUCAUCAAUGGGAAGAAUUGUCAUUGAGCUGAGAACAGAUGUGACCCCCAAGACCUGUGAAAACUUCCGGGCCUUGUGCACCGGCGAGAAGGGUUUCGGUUACAAGGGCUCCACCUUCCACCGCGUCAUUCCCAACUUCAUGCUGCAGGGCGGCGACUUCACGAACCACAACGGCACCGGCGGCAAGUCCAUCUACGGCGAGAAGUUCGCCGACGAGAACUUCGUGCUGAAGCACACCGGCCCCGGCGUACUGUCUAUGGCCAACGCCGGGCCCAACACCAACGGCUCCCAGUUCUUUGUCACCACCGUCAAGACAUCCUGGCUGGACGGCAGGCACGUCGUCUUCGGAAACGUCGUCGAGGGCAUGGACGUUGUCAAACAAGUCGAAGCCCUCGGCUCCCAGUCCGGCAAGCCUUCGAAGAAAGUUGUCAUCGCUGACUGUGGACAGCUAUCCUAAGUUAAUUCUGUAAUAUGAACGCGUAAUACAAUAUUUUAAGUUUAACACAAUGUCCUCCUAAGUAAUACCUUCCCAGUCAUAAAGAGAUACAUUUAAAGUUUAACUAUGGGUCAUUCCAAUUAUGUUAAAUAAAUUUUAUGCAAUGUUUAGGUCGCAACUAGGAAUUGCAUUUAUUUCUGUGCAUUGUUUAUUCAUAAUAAAUUAAUAUACAUUACACUUGUAUAAUUGAUAGAUAUUUGACGUUCUAGAUAUCUUUGUGGCUAGCUAUUAGGAGUCUGCUAUAAGCUGAUU